AUGGAUAAUCAGGCACCAGGUUUUAGGUUCUACCCAACCGAAGAAGAAUUAGUUUCAUUCUAUCUGAAUAACAAGCUUGAAGGAACUAGAGAAGACCUCGACCCGGUAAUACCGGUUGUUGAUAUAUACAAGUACAGUCCAUGGGACCUCCCACGAUUUGCAGGAGAGUUAUGUCAGGGAAACAUUGACCAGUGGUUUUUCUUUGUCCCUCGGCAAGAGAGAGAAGCUCAUGGAGGAAGGCCUAAUCGGCUCACAACUACCGGAUAUUGGAAAGCCAGUGGUUCUCUGGGCUAUGUAUACUCGAAUAAUGGAAUAAUUGGAGUGAAGAGAACCAUGGUUUUCUAUAGAGGAAGAGUUCCGGACGGAAGAAAGACCGAGUGGAAGAUGAAUGAGUAUAGAGCCAUUGAAGGAGAAACUUCUUCAUCAAGUAAUGCAACUCCACCAAAGUUAAGACAAGAAAUCAGUUUGUGCCGAGUCUACUUAAAAUCGACAAGCUUACGAACAUGCAACAGACCACAACCGUCAGAAGUAGUGAGAAGUGAAGAAACAGUUCACCAACCUCGUCCUGGUAAUGAGGCAACAUCUCAUCAACACCAGCAAUUAACAGAGAUCAGAAUAAGCCCACCAACUCAUAACGCGUCCUUGGGAGACGGCACCAUUGCCAAUAAUCCUUGUCAAGUUAUGGAAAAUGGUAGCUGGGAUUGGGAUGUGUCUGUUGAUAAUGAUUUCUUGUGGGACUGGGUCGAAUUGAAUUGGUUUUAA